AUGGUUUAUGGGCGAGGUGAAGAUGCUCGCCCAUCGCGACAAGUUCGAGAACCGACCGACCAUGGUAACUUGGACAUGGCGGACGAUUCAUCCGAUAUCGCAUCUCCUCCACCAGCGGUUGAUUGGAGCCAGCUUGGUGGUCUCAGCCCUCCUGAUCAAGUGGAAUACAAGGGAGGCGUUUUGGUUGAUGGCAAUCCCGAUUUCUCUGAGCCGAAAGUGUGGGCGUAUGUGGAAAGUUUCAAGAAAAACAUUCUCAAUAUGCACCCUAUCAUUGAGCCCAAGCUUUUAGACAAUUGGGUCAGGUACUUUCUGGAUAACCUCCCAGCAUCACAGCCGCGUCCAGCAAAACCACAAACAUCAAAGCCCACCUUGGCCGUUGGAGGAGGCUCGCAGACGGAAGAAGUUGCAGGCUCAAAGAGAAAACGAUCGCCGGGGUCGGAUGGCUCCGAGCCACCACCACCCGCGCCAUCUCGCACUGGUCAACCAGAUCGGUCCAUCCGCACCGCUCUAGUUCUCACAGUUCUGGCUUUGGGUAAAGUUUGUCUUCACCGCGGGAAUGUGCCCGAUGUCGUCCAUCCUACAGAGCAUCCUUCUCAUGACAGCCCGGUCAUUCGCAAUGGAGCCAUCUCACCAAGGGCCAAUCGAUGCUCUGGCCCAGCAUAUUCAUCGCAAUCGCACUUAUCAGGUUUGCCCUCACCAAAGGCGGAAGCGGGCGAGAACCCUGGCAACUGCCCAUCAAUCCGUAGCGUGGGUGCUUCCGGCGCUGGUCACAUCCCUAAGAAAAACUGUGAGGUGAUUCCUGGCUUAGAGUACUUUGCAUAUGCUACGGAUAUCCUUGGCAACCACAUUGUCGCAUACAACAACAUGGAGGACGUGUACGCCAACAUCUUUGCUGGGAGCUUGGACAAAAUGAGACGAAUCAAGCGCAACAACGAAUUUAUUCAGGAAACCAAGUACAACCAACUUGCUCUCACAUUCUGGACUUGCCUGCAGUUAGAAGGUGAUCUUAUUGCGGAGCUUCAACUCCCUCCAUCAGGACUGCUUUCGUACGAAGAUGACAUGCCGCACCCCAACAUGAGUCGCUUGGAAGGUUUCGACCAGCGUAUCCUGGACAGCUAUUCAGGACAGCUAUAUCUACGACCUCAUCUCAACAGAAUCCACCGAAUGUUCUACGUCCCUGAGGAUCCGGCCAAACCAGGCAAGGAUAAGUUCGGAAAUGUUGGCGUUGUUUCUGAUGUUGUCUUGGGCAUGCAUUGGGUCCCUGUCAGUUUCGCAUUCAGAGAGGAUGAUCCACCCGCAGAUGAUAUUCUAGCGGCAAGAUUGCGAGCAAAGUACUGGGGAGCCCAGGUGAUUGCUUAUCGCCCAUUCAUCCGACAAAUUCUGCAGUUCUCGCACUCCAUCAAGAACCAUGCAUCGAGCCCCAACUUUCCCAGCGUCAGCUCCGAGUUUCGACACAAUAUCACUGCACCUGCCAUUCGCCCCAAAGCCAGGACGCAUGGCUACAUCGAUACUCAAGUUGUCGAGUUGGCAGAAAAGGGCAUCAAGGCGCUUAUCGAGAGCACCCGUGCCUUCCAUGGUCUUGGAGACAAGAGGCCGAUUAUCACCAAUGUUUUCGGCACAGCUCAUGCGCAAUGGGGCAACCUGUUAAUCCUAUCAGCUGCAUUCCGUGACCCAAUUCUUCACACUUAUGUGGAUGAGGAACUCCUCCGAACACUGUUCCACAAGACGAUCCAGUUUUUGCGACAGUCGGCAACAGCGACGAGCGCACUUCGAACGGACAUGCAUAUCCUUGAAGGCCUGCAGAGAGAUCUUUUCGGCUAUGAUCAUGAUCCUCGGGCCAACUCGAGCUUCUCAAGCGGCACAAGCGCACCUGGCUACCAUACGCCAAGGCCUGUCCCCAUGGCUGUGCAGCCUCAGAUGCCUCAUCAAACGGGCGACCAAGGGCAUCUAUGA